AUGAUCCGUAAAAUUGUCAAGUUUAGACGUGUUAGUAGAGCAAGAGAACGGAUAAUGUCUCUUGUUACUGAUUCAGUCACUGUCCAGGCAAUGGUUCUAAAUAAUUUAUCUGCUAUUGUUAGAAUAGCCACCGAUGAAGUCUUGAUAAAUCAAGAGUAUCCAGAUUCAGUUGAAAAAGCCCUUUUAUUUUCUUUAAAAUGUUUAUUGGGCAAGCACAAGUGCACUGAUCAUUUUGUCUAUAAUGUGUAUGCAGAAAGUCCUGAACCUUUGUUUAAGCUGCAGUCGAACGAGUCUAGUAACGGAUUACAACAGUAUCAGGAAUUUCCAAUGUUUCCGGGGAAUUUAUCGUUGUUCCAUAUAAUUAAUACAUUUGUGUAUACUUUGUCAUCAGAAGAUAUUCUUGCUUUAGAUAAAGCAUUAAAGUUCGGCCGUGAAGGUUAUUAUUGUCUUGUGAAAAAUCCAUCCAGUUUUCCGAAAUCAGUGAAUUUCCAAAAUGACUUAGUGGAACUUUCUGAUUGUGUUCAUAGUUCCGAACAACCUGAGGAAUCAAUGGAGAAAUGCAAUAAAUGUGUCAUUCGUAAUUUUCGUCCAUUAUAUCGAUGUUCGAGGUACGUAGUCGGCCUAACGUGUUCACAAUGUGAGUCUUUCAGACUGAAACGGACUAAAAGCAACUCUCCACCCAAUAAUUGUGUUUCAGGGACCGCCUUAUUUUGUAUUGAUCUUUUGCUUGCUGUUUGCAAAGCGUGGAGGUGGAAGGACUUAAGCCCUGGCGAUUAUCUCAGACGGACUGGACCUUGUCAGUCCUCAGAAAAGCAUACAAACUCACAAAUUUGUUUAAACCCCUAUCACUGGAGUCGAGUACUUAUUCAAGAUAAAAUUAAUGAGGAAAAUAACUGCUCAAGAUAUUCUUCAGAUCCAGAUAUUGUUUGUCUGGGAUUGAAACAUAAUCAUCCAAAUUGUAGUAAUCAUGAAUCUCAUCUUAAGGGAUUGAAUACGGAUUCAGAAUAUCCUAAGAAUAUGAUGCCAUUAUUACUACCACCGUCUGUAUUAUCUUCGUCGUCAUCAUCUUCCUCAUCGUCAACAGAAUCGACAUCUGCAGAAACACAAAUCUCAUUAAUUCGGAUGGAUCAGUCAUGUGAUUCAGUUAUAUCAUAUGAUCCAAUUAUAAAUAAUUCUUCAGCUCCGUUGCUUGCCAAUCAUGAUACCUAUGCAAAAACAAAACUGACUUACUGUUCACCUCAGUUUCUUCAUAAAAUACAACAAAAAUUGCACAUGAAUUUGGUAAGCCCUGUUUCAUCUUUAACCAAAUGGAAGAAAUUAAGAAACAAUAGAAAUUUUAAAUUAUCUACUUACUUGGUUCCAUCCACAGAUUUCAAUCAUACAACACUACUUUCACCACCACCAACAACAACUACUUCCACAUCUGUAAGUAGUUCUGAUGAUGAAAUACAUAGUUGUAGUUUCAUCUUAUCUUCUAACAACCCUAAAAAUGAUAACCCUUUACAAAAUUCUAAUCUACAUUUUAACCGAUUUAUUUCUAUCAGCGAUCAUUCUGUUACAAUAAAUAAUGAGAAAUCUUACCUACAUAGUCGUCUUUCUUCUCCCUCUCCUCUACACCAUCUUAAACCAUGGGCAAAUAUUUCCUAUUGGGAAUCACAUCAUCAUGUUGGACGUAGAUGGUAUCAAAUUACAAAUCGUAAAUUAAAUAUUGUCUACAAUGAUGUUAAUAUUAAUGAUGAUGACCAUAAUAAUAGUGAUGUAAAGGACAAGCUGUAUUCAUCUCCGAAACAAGCAUAUGUACAUAAGGAAAAUCAUUCAAAUUAUAGAAGUAAAUCUCAAAGUGAUUAUAUAUAUUUAUCUUUACUAACUUUAUAUCAAUCAAAUCAUGUAAAAUAUAAUUGUAAAUCAGAUUGUAAUAGAAGUUUUAAUGAACUCGAGAAUUAUUCGACCACUUCCUCUAUCGCUUGUCAUACGAAUAGGAUUAUUGGUAAUAACAGUAGUAUCAUCAGAUCAUCUUCAAAACAAUGCAAAAAGUGUUAUAAUUAUGUGGAUUCAUUCAACAAUGCAUCUCUAAUACCAAAUUUAAUUGUUCAUUCAUCAAUGUAUAAAUCAUCUUCUGGUUGGAGACAAUGUUGUCGUCUAGGCAGCCAGGGAAUUUCGCUUACACUUACCACUUAUGGUUGUGUAUGGUUAAGUAAUCAAGCUAUGGCUACAAACUUACCUAUAUUUGUAUCAUCACCUUGUUUGCAGUUUCGUAAUACUAAUUCUUCUUCCUCUUCUUCUUCAUCGCUUAAUAGUAGUACUGAAGACUUUCUUGUCGAUAGACCCGUAUAUCGUGUACCAGCCGGUUAUUCUCUAUUAGUUUUCGACCUUUCAUGUUAUGAAAACUGGUUGCAACAACAGUCUUCUUCAUCAUCUUCAGCGUCAUCAUCAUCUUGUCGUCAGUAUUCCGGUAACAACCAUAAUGGCGACAGCAGUAAUUUAAGUGGUAAUAACAAUAAUAGUAAUAAUGUAGAUUUUAACGAGUUGCACAAAACUCAUUUGUGGGCAAAAAAAAACAAUCUAUGCAAAAAUCCGAUUAUACAUAUAAGUUUAGGUAAAGGUUGGGGACCAUCAUAUCGUCGACCAGAUGUUACACAUUGUCCAGCACGUUUAGAGGUGUGGAUUAAUUUAGAACAUCUGUUUCCUUUAUUCAUUUCAAACAAAUAAGAAAUUGUAAAAAUAAUUUAUUUUUCCGAUAUCAUUUUCAUUAUCUCUAUCCUCUCUUUUUCAC